AUGCGCGCUGCUGUUUUAGGCGUGGGUUUGCAGCGCCUGAAGGUGCAUCUCCAGAUCGUCAGGGUGACUGGCGCGGCACAGCGGGAUGCGUGCUUCCCCUGGACGCCAACGCCACCAGUGCGCAGCGAGUGCCCCCUGGGGCAGCUCUUGGCCCGUGAGGCCGCGCUGGGGCGGGAGAUCCGCGCCCUCGACAGCGACAUGCAGACGCUGCUCUACGAGAACUACAACAAGUUCAUUUCUGCCACUGACACCAUCCGAAAGAUGAAGGUUGACUUCCGGCGCAUGGAGGCAGAGAUGGACGAUUUGGCUGCCAACAUGGCCGCUAUCAGCACCUCCAGUGCCCGCGUCAGCGCCGCGCUGCAGGACCGGCACCCACCGGGGGCGGAGCCUGCGCGGGCCCUGCGCUGCCACGCCCGCGCCCGUGCCGUGCUCCGCCACUACCGCCAUCUGCCCUCCUUCCGCGCCAUCGAGGACGAGAGCCAUGCCAUCAUGGCCGACCUGGCCCAGCGCCUCCGUGCACGCCUCCGGGAUGACACCUUGGACCCCAAGGAGCUCACCGAGUGCGUGGAGAUGCUGUUGCAGCUGGAAGAGCCACCUGAGGAGCUGUGCGAGGAGUUCCUGAGCCACGCCGGCGCCCGCCUCGAGGCCGAGCUGGCAGGGCUGGAGCGGGCGCUGCAGACCUUCUUCCUGGGGUGCCUGGGCGACGUGCGCCAGGCGCUGGCCGCUCCCCGGCCCCCUGGCAAGGAGGGUCCCGGCCUGCCCGACCUGCUGGCCACGCUUGCCUCCUCCAUCCUUGGCCAGCUCAAGGCCGUCCUGGCCUACGUGCAGCUCUUCACCGCCAAGGACGUCGCCUUUGCCAGCCUGCCCUACUUCAAGGGGGAGUUCUGCGUGGAGGCGGUGCGCGAAGGGCUGGUGGUGGCCUUCGUGCGCUGGCUCUGCCGCACCGCCCGGGGCUUUGCCGACGGCCCGGCUGAGCGGGGGGCCCCCGCCGCACCCCCGGCCCUGCUGCUGCUCCUCGCCCGCCUCUGUCUUGACUAUGAGGCCACCACCAUCAGCUACAUCCUCACGCUCACCGACGAGCAGUUUCCUCCCCAGGACACAGGCCCGGCGGUGACACCGGGACCGGCGCUGUGCGCAGAGGCGCGGGGGGCGGCGCAGCGGCUGCUCGACCACUACGUGCAGGUCCAGGGCGCCGCGGUGGCACAGAUGCUCAGGAAGAGCCGUGCCGUCAUGAAGCGCGUGGUCGAGGACAUCACCGCCAUUGAUGUGCAGGUGGGGCAGCUCUUCGAGGAGGGGGUGCGGCGGGCGCAGAGCAGCGACUACCGGCGCGCCUUCUCCGUCUACAGCAGCUCACGGGCACCCGGGCGCUACGCCCCCAGCUACACCCCCAGUGCCCCCAUGGACACCCACCUGCUCAGCAACAUCCAGAAGCUCUUCUCCGAACGCAUCGACAUCUUCAGCCCUGUUGAGUUCAACAAGGUGUCGGUGCUGACUGGGAUCAUCAAGAUCAGCCUGAAGACGCUGCUGGAGUGCGUGCGGCUGCGGACGCUGGGGCGCUUCGGGCUGCAGCAGGUGCAGGUGGACGGCCAUUACCUGCAGCUCUACCUCUGGCGCUUCGCCGCCGACGAGCGGGUGGUGCAGGGGCUGCUGGACGGGGUGGCCGCCAGCGCCGCCCACCGCUGCCUCGACCCCGUCCCCAUGGAGCACAGCGUCGUCGAGCUCAUCUGCGAGCGCGGGUAG